AUGGUCCAGUUUCACCAACAGGACACCCUGAGGAGCCACAAGGACCAUGCCUGGAGGAAAGCCCUGCUACCCUGCGUCUCUCCGGAGAGGCCUCGCUGGAGGCAACUCUACUCCAGCCCGACGUACAACCGCAUCGGUGACCUCAGCUGGAGCAUCGCCCACGGCACCGUCACCACCAACGCCUCCCUGGCGCGCUUCACCGACACGUCCCCGGAGUGCCGGUUCUGCGGUAAAGUGGAGAUGGUGACGCACCAAUACGUGGAGUGCAAGAGCCUGGACUCGCUGUGCAAGCCCAACCCCUCCCCCCCAACCCCCCCAACACAUCCCCCAACCCCUCCCCCCAACCCCUCCCCCCUACCCCUCCCCCCAACCCCUCCCCCCAACCCCUCCCCCCAACCCCCCCAACCCCUCCCCCCAACCCCUCCCCCCAACCACUCCCCCCAACCCCUCCCCCCAACCCCUCCCCCCAACCCCUCCCCCCAACCCCUCCCCCCAACCCCACCCCCCAACCCCCCCAACCCCUCCCCCCAACCCCUCCCCCCAACCCCUCCCCCCAACCCCUCCCCCCAACCCCUCCCCCCAACCCCUCCCCCCCAACCCCUCCCCCCAACCCCCCCCCCAACCCCUCCCCCCAACACCUCCCAACGCCUCCCCCCAACCCCUCCCCCCAACCCCUCCCCCCAUCCCCUCCCCCCAACGCCUCCCCCCACCCCUCCCCCCAAACCCCUCCCCCCAACGCCUCCCCCCAAUCCC